AACUUUGAUACGGAAAGACACACGCUGUCGGUUGGGCAAGACAAAGACGAUGGAUAAAAGAGUAACGUUACUGUGCAUUUUGCUUAAUUACAUUGUUGGCAGUCAACAGCAAUCGACGCCUAAUGACGAUCACUACUGGGCGGGUGUGGUGGAGUUCAGCUUUAAGGAAAGAUCGGUCGACUCGGAAUCGCCCGUGGUCUACACGGCAAGGAAUUUGGAGCAAUACAAGCAGAUAAUCAAUUCUACGGAAGCUGACCCGGUGGAUAUUAUUGUUUUUCCAGAAUAUGGCUUGAGUGCCGUUGAAACGGCUUCAUUUGUCCCGAACCCGGUCGACCUUAUUGCGCCAUGUAACAAUCUGGAAUAUGAGGCGGUUGUGAGGGAUUUAUCCUGUUUAGCGAGAGAUCGUCAGAAAUAUUUGGUUGUGAAUCUGGUGGAGAAGGCCCUCUGUCCGGAGGAAUGGGAACGGCGGCCAUGUGCUCCGAAUGGUUUGUACCACUUCAAUGCGAACGUUGUGUUCGACCGGAAUGGACGCGUCAUCGCUCGCUAUCGAAAGUUUAACCUAUUUGGAGAGGCUGGAAUCAAUGUUACCUCUUGGGCUGACUUAACUCAUUUUGAGACAGAUUUCGGAGUUAAGUUCGGUACCUUUAUCUGUUUCGAUCUGAUGUUCGAACAACCGGCUUUGCAACUAGUUCGCAGUGGAGUUACCGAUUUCAUCUUUUCUACCAUGUGGUUUUCGGAGCUACCGUUCCUGACUGCAGCGCAGAUUCAGCAAGCUUGGGCCUACACAAACAAUGUGAACUUUCUGGCGGCCGGAGCGAGCUUCCCAGAGGUCGGCAGUACCGGUACUGGAGUAUUUGCUGGAAAACGAGGACGGAUCGUUGCCGUGAUGAACCAUAAUGCCGAUUCGAAGCUAUAUGUGGCGCAGGUUCCGAAAAUAAGCAGACCUCAAGCUACCAUCAGCCGUCAACCGGUCAUCAGGUACACCCCAGCUGAGAUGUCGAAUCUUAAGUUGAAACGUGAUCAUAUCGAUGGCUAUCGGACUUCAAAUCUUCCGUUGAACGUCAGCUCCCAUCAAGAAUCGUUGUGCCAGGGCUCGUUGUGUUGCAACUUCACUAUUGAUUAUACUGUUACGCUGCCAGCGGAUGUCAACCAGCAAUACUACCGCUACAUGCUCGCCGUUAGCGAAGGCAAGCGCACCUUCGAUGGCUUCGCCGAUGGAAUGAUCACCACGUGUGCCAUCUUUGCCUGUGCCGGAGAGGACCAGAAGUCCUGCUCCACUCGCUUUGAAGAUCCUUCCAAAGUCGUGGAAGCCGUACGGUUCAACACGAUCGAGAUUGUCGGUGCAUUUCCGGGAAGUUCGGAUGUGUUCCUGUUGCCAAACAGUGUCGAUACGAGCAUUCUACCGCUGGAGGUCGACGAGAUCGAGUACAGUGAGCGAUUGUUCACGCAAGAUGGGGAAUUGUAUAAGCAAAUCCAGUACAACUUGGUCAAGCCGCGCUCUGAUCUGUUCACAUUCGCCAUUUGGGGUCGGAAAUUUGUUCACCAAAACAGUAGCGCUCAAGCAACGAUCAUCAACGGACUAGAACCAUCCCGUGAUGAGCUUUAGAAUCCGUUAGAUGCCGUAGAAGCCGCAUUUCCCAAGACCUCACUCAAAUAUAGAACCUCGGAUAUCUCAAGUGACAUUGAAUUUGGCACGCAACCGAUAUUUACUAAACCCCGGACGGGGUGCGAUGUUUAUCACUUAUUUAGUACUAAACCCCACCGGAUUACAGUCCGAGCUAGACAAAAACGCACCCGAGUGCAACUGCAACCUACAAUUAUUCACGCUUAGUUUUACGCGCUGCUUUCGACAUAUGUUCCGCCACCGCCGAAUGGACAAUUUAAUAAUAGGUGUGUAGUACACGGUUGAUGGCAGGAGAUUGAACCAUUAACCCAUAGUAAAUGGCAGUAGCAGUGGUAGGUACUCGAUUAGGCUUGGAAGUGUGAACAAACGAACAUUCAGCAACGUCGUUGUGGGCAAUUUCGAUAUGUCACUGUCGCACGCGCUAGGAAUUUGUCAUAAUCGUUUCUGCAGGAAUGAAUCCAUUGCUUCAGUAUUUAUUAACACCGAACAAUGCCGUCAAUUCGAUGCGUCUGGUGUCGGCAUUUGUAUUGAAUGCAAUGGAGUUUUUUGACACCUUGUUUUUUAUAUAUAUAUAUAU